AUGUCCGAACCUUCCCCCCAAAUCCCAUCCGUCCACCUCCAUGGACGAACAUACAACUUGCCCCAACGCCCAACAGUGGUAAUUUGCAUCGAUGGCUUCGACCCCGAAUACCUCGAAGCAGGAAUCGAAGACGGCAUCCUGCCCAACAUGUCCUCAUUCCUAUCAUCCGGCUUCCACACCACAGCAGAAUGCGCAAUGCCCUCCCUAACAAACCCAAACAACCUCUCAAUCAUCACCGGCGCCCCAACCAGCAUCCACGGUAUCUCAGGAAACUACUACCUAGACAAAGAAACCGGCCAAGAACACAUGGUAGUCGACGACUCAACCAUGCACGGCACGACAAUCCUAGCCAAACUAGCUGAAUCAGGCAUCCGCAUCGCAGCCAUAACAGCGAAAGACAAACUAAGAAGAAUAAUCAACCACGGCCUCUCACCCUCAAAAUCCUCAAUCUGUUUCUCCGCACAAUGCGCAAACGAAUGCACCCUCUCCGAACACGGCAUCCAAGAUGUCGAAUCCUGGCUCGGCCAAACAACACCACCCCAAUAUUCCGGCGCCCUAUCCCUCUUCGUCCUCGACGCCGGCCUGAAACUCCUGCAAGAAGACAGGGCGGAUUUCUUCUACCUUACGCUAUCGGAUUACAUCCAGCAUAAAUACGCGCCGCACUCACAGGAGGCAAACACCUUUAUGUCCGCCAUCGACGCCCGUCUCGGCGAAUUCGUCAAUCUCGGCGCCGUCGUCGCUGUAACAGGUGACCACGGGAUGAGCGAUAAAUCCUCGCCCACGGACGGAACUCCCAACGUGCUAUUUCUAGAAGACUUUUUGCAUAGUCGAUGGCCUGCGGCGCGGGCUAGGGUUAUUUGCCCUAUUUCCGACCCCUUUGUUAAGCAUCAUGGUGCGUUGGGCGGAUUCGUGCGUGUGUAUUUCCUUAGUGAGAUCUGUGCGCGGCAGGUGGAGGAGAUUCUGGAUGCUUGUAGGGGAUUGCCCGAGGUUGAGGUUGCGCUUAGUGGGGAUGAUGCGGCGGUUUUGUUUGAGAUGCCUAGGGAUAGGGAGGGGGAUUUGGUUGUUGUUUCGAGGGCAGAGUUUGUUGUUGGGAGUCGGGUUGAUGAGCAUGAUCUUUCGCUUUUGGGGGGGGUUGAGACUUAG